AUCGAAGCUUCAGACUUAAGUUAAACAUCCUUUUAUCUCUCUCUUUCUCUUCUUCAUUUCAUUAGCCAAUGGGUAUUUGCAGCUCCUGUGACUCAACACAUGUCGCCACCGCGAAGAUCAUUCUACAAGAUGGAAGAUUGCAGGAGUUCUCGUACCCAGUUAAGGCUUCUUACGUGUUGCAAAAGUACCCUGCUUCGUUUAUUUGCAACUCCGAUGAAAUGGACUUUGAUGACGUCGUUUCAGCCAUUAGCGACGACGAAGAACUGCAGCCUGGUCAGCUCUACUUUGCUUUACCGUUAAGUAAAUUACAUUACCCACUUCAGGCUGAAGAAAUGGCCGCAUUAGCGGUGAAAGCCAGCGCCGCAUUAAUGAAGAGUAGUGAUAAAUGCGGGUGCCGCAAAAAGUCGGUGUGUCCGGUAAAGUUUUCCGGUGAUACUUCUACCCGGAAGGUUACCUCCGAUCAGAGUGGUUCCGGGGCCCGAUUAAAGAGAGGAGGAAGGAGAAAGUUUACGGCAAUGUUGAGUGCUAUACCUGAAUAGGGAUAUGGUAGAAAGCAAGUCUGUUAAAGCAAUACCUGAAACAAGAAGGGUAUUUUAGAGAAAAAAAUUGUAAAUAUUUAACGAUCUAGGGCUUAUUACGCCGGAAUUCUGUUCGGUGAUGUGAUGAAGAGGUCGGAGUUUAGAUUUCAUUUGGGUCUCAACCAUGUGAGGGUCGUGUUACAAUUUUACCCCUAAAUGGGUUGUUGAGAAUCAUGUAUAAAUAAUUACCCAUAUUACUUUAUUCA